AUGGCCAAUCAUAAGGCGUCGGGUUGGAUAUCGGAGGAUUUAAGUAAAAGUGCAAGAAAGAAAUUCCUUCAUGAUGCCAAGUUCUAUGUGUGGGAAGAUCCUUACCUAUUCAAAAAUGGAGUUGAUAAUGUGUUGAGAAGGAGUGGUGGAGUGAAUAAAAGAAAUGAGAUGUCAUUGUAUAAUAUGUUGGAAGUGGAGGUUUUUGAUUGUUGGGGUAUAGAUUUUGUGGGCCCGUUUCCACCAUUGUUUGCUUGUGAAUACAUUUUGGUGGCGGUUGAUUAUGUUUCCAAAUGGGUAGAGGCUAGUGCGUGCGCUAAGGCGGAUGGCAAGACCGUAAUCAAAUUCUUGAAUAAAAACAUAUUUACUAGGUUUGGUACUCUGAGAGUUCUAAUUAGUGAUGGCGGCUCACACUUUUGCAACACUUCACUGGAAAAAGUCUUUGAGCAUUAUGGUGUGAAACACAAGUUCACAACACCCUACCAUCUACAAGCCAAUGGAAAAGCGGAGACCGCUUACAAGGCACCGAUUGGACUCACUCCAUUUCAAAUGGUAUACGGGAAGAGUUAUCAUUUUCCCGUGGAGUUGGGGCAUAAGGCGUAUUGGGCCUUGAAGUUGCUUAAUUUUGAUCCUAAGUUAAGUGGUGAGAAAAGAAAGUUACAAUUGCAUGAAAUGGAGGAAUUGAGACUUCAAGCCUAUGAAUCCAACAAAAUCUACAAGGAGAAAGUGAAGGGAUAUCAUGACAAGAAGAUAGAGGAGAAGAAUUUCAAAGAAGGUCAAAUGGUGCUUUUGUUUAAUUCAAGAUUGAAAUUGUUUCUGGGCAAGUUGAAAUCAAAAUGGUCGGGUCCGUUCCGAAUAAAAGAAGUGAAAGAAUAUGGAGUGGUUGUGCUUGAAAACCCGACAACAAACUAA